UCAUCUUCAACCGUCUUUCAGGUCUGUACCAGAAACUGUUGCCAUUCAAUCAACGAUUGGGAGAGGAAAUAUUCAACAAAACAGAAAGUGAGCUUCAAUUUAUCUACACAGCAACGAAUUUAGUCAAAGAUUCUAGUGCACCCUGAGCAGGUCCAUGGCGGACGAAGAGACAUCCUCCUCAGAUGAUCCAACCUCAGAUCAGAUCAGAGAAAAGACACUGCCCUCAGACAUCCUUCGGUUGAUGGAGGUGAACAGGGAAGGGAUGACAGCUGAUAAAAAGGGCGUUAAAAUCACUUCAGAGCCUUUGCCGAUUAGUGGAAAGGUCCAGUUGAACACGACUGAUCCCAGAAAGACAUCCAUCAUCACUUUCCACAUUGUAAAUGAAGGCUCAAACUCCAUCUACUUUACCUACUACACUGCUCUAACCAAGAUUUACUGUUUUACUCUGGAGGAUGAGAAGCAUGUGAAGAGACGACACCCGUUAACCCUCGGUCCUGGAGAGAGGUACGAUGUUGUUGUCAAGUGUAAACUUGACAACUGUGAACUUUUCUUUGGCACAAUGUGCUUUGAGUUCCAACUGGACUUGACAAAGAAGAAGUGCUUCUACAUUGUCAGGGAGAUGGAGGUAAAAGGGCAGACCCUGCUUGGGCCUGAAACUCCCUAUAAACCAUUUAAGGCCAGAAUGGAACCUGUUUCUACGAGGGUGGAGAACAGAAUACAACCAGAUUUUGUCCUCCAUGUGCUGCUGGCCGAAGUGAAAUUAUUUGAGAACAAGUGCCCCAUGUUUCUGAAGGAACUAGUCAAAAAGCGGUUUAAAAACUCCACGCACCUUUCUUCAAUUUCCAGAAAUAAACUUCCAUCAGUGAAAUUUGUCCUCAGCAGUGCCUUAGAUAUGCACAAUUAUUCCCAUCGGUUCCACCGCCUGCUACACUUGGAAGAAAUACAGAUGGAAAAGGACAUCAGGAGGUUUGACCUCCAAAAUCAAACCCUGACUCCAGACCCGGGAAAUACAAACCUCUUCAUACUCAAAGUCCCUGCGGAGAAUCGUCCACCUGUACUUAAAGGAGAUCGUCUGAAAGUGACCAGAUCUGAGGAUAAAAGCUCCCCGGUGUACACUGGAUAUGUUCAUGAAAGAGAGCUGGACCAAGUCAAGCUGCAGUUCCGUGAUAAUCCAGAGCUCGAGUUUUCGAAGGUUUUUAGCAGCGAAAUCAAGUUCGACGUGGAGUUUACCAUAAACAGGUGGACUCUGAAACUGCAGCAUCGUGCUGUAGACUUGGCAAAGCAGUAUUUCGCCAACGUGCUGUUCCCCAGCUGUGCAGCCGAGGCUAAUGCACCCUUGCCUGAACUCAGGUUUUUCAACCCUGACUUGAACAACAACCCAGAGCAAUGUCUUGCAGUCCAACACAUCGUAGCUGGUUCAUCAAAGCCUGCUCCAUAUAUUCUGUUUGGGCCUCCUGGAACUGGAAAGACUGUCACACUGGUUGAAGCGAUAAGUCAGAUCAGACAAGCAGAUGCAUCAGCCCACAUCCUCGUCUGUGCUCCUAUAAACAGUGCAUGCGACUUGCUCUGUGAGAGACUGGUUUCCGUGAACUCUGAUCAGGUUUACCACAUGUGCGCCCAGAGCCGAGACCCAAGAACGGUCCCUGAAAACAUCCGAAAAUACUGUAGCCUGGACAAAGAUCAGCUUUGCUUCACGUUUCCAUCAAAGGAAACCCUGAUGAAAUACAGAAUUAUAGUUACAACACUGUACACAGCUGGGAGACUUGUGAAUAUUGGGGCAGUGGGCCAUUUCUCACACGUGUUUGUGGACGAGGCAGGCCGAGCUUCAGAGCCAGAGUGUGUCAUUGCUGUUGCAGGUCUGCUCUGUGCAGUGAAGGGACAUUUGGUUCUGGCAGGAGAUCCCAAGCAGCUGGGACCCAUCAUUAAAUCCCUUUAUGCUAAACAGUACGGCCUGGGGCUUUCUCUGUUGGAGAGGCUGAUGGGACAUAACACAUCAUACCACGGCUCUGACAAACGUUUUGUCACCAAACUGCUGCAGAACUACAGAUCUCAUGAUGCAAUUCUGAAAAUCCCCAAUGAAGAGUUUUAUAACAGUGAAUUGAAAGCAUUUGCCAAGUCAGAGCGAGAGGCCUAUUGCGGAUGGGAUCACCUUCCCACAAAGAAUUUCCCUGUGAUCUUCCACGGAGUGAUUGGGAAAGGCGAGAAAGAGGGCAACGGUAAAUCAUACUUCAACGAAGCAGAGAUUGAAGUCCUGGUCCAGUACCUCACCAAGCUGGUGAAUACACAAGGACAGAAAGGUCUGCCCAAGCUUUCUGGAAAAGACAUCGGCAUCAUCGCCCUCUACAGGAAACAAGUUGAGAAAAUCCAGAAGGCUCUCAAUAUUGACCCUGACCUGAGGAAGUUAAGAGACUUAAAAGAAGUAAAGGUGGGAUGUGUGGAGGAGUUUCAGGGACUAGAGAGGAACAUCAUUCUCAUCUCCACAGUCCGUAGCUCUCACUUCCAAGUUCACGCUGACAAAAUCUCCCAUCUUGGAUUCCUAGCAUGUAAAAAGAGAUUCAAUGUGGCCGUGACAAGAGCCAAGUCCCUGCUUAUAGUUGUGGGGAACCCUUUGAUCCUCAAAACAGAGCCCAUCUGGAAGAAGUUCAUCGACUACUGUGUGGACAUGAAGGGCUACACCGGAUUUGAUCUUGACAAUGAUAUGUUUCUCCUGAGAAUCAGCGCCUGAAUGUUGCGGUGGUGUAGCGGAGGCGAGCACCUUCCAGCGGUACGUGGACCCUGAGUGGAACAAGAGCAUUAACAUUUUCUCUCAGAAAUAGUACCGUAAAACAUUUUGCUACAUUCAGACACGCACCAUUAGUGUUGUUUUCCUUUUAUUCAGCAUAUAUCUUUUGAGAGCGCUUCUGCUUGUACGAAACCUUCCAAGCGUGGAUCUUACACAUGCAAGCCUUGAUCAUGGAUGGCAAAAUGAAUUAGGGAAUCUGCGUAAUUGUUUCCUUUUUACUCUUCAUCUUUUAAACAAGACUUUUGAAGUUGGAAGCUAUUAAAAGCUACAUUAUAGCUACAAACCACUGAUAAGGCCUGAAAUCUGGGUGUAGUCAUGGACUCAGACCUGAACCUUUAGAGACACAUUAAAACAAUUACAAAGUCAUCUUUCUACCACCUGAAGAACAUCUCCAGGAUCAAAGGACCGAUGUCUCAGCAGGAUCUUCAAAUCUCAUCCAUGCGUUUGUCUUUAGUCGACUUGAUUACUGCAAUUUCACAGGUCUGCAUGACAAGUGAGUCUGACGGCGACAGCUGAACCGGAAUGCUGCAGGCCGGGCUCUCACCACAACUGAGAAAGUGGACCGCAUCACUCCAGUUCUGACGUCCUUACACUGGCUACAUGUGACUUUAAAAUACUUCUGUUAGUUUAUAAAUCACUGACGGGUUAUGGCCCAAAUUACUUGACUUGUUGGCUUAUCAACCAUCCAGACCUCUCAGGUCUCCUGGUUCAGGUCUGCUCUGUCUCCAGAAUCAAAAUGAAACAUGGUGAAGCAGCAUUCAGCUUUUUAUGCUCCACAGAUCUGGGACAAACCUCCAGAAAACUGCAGGAACGCUGAAACCGCAGAGUUUUUAAUGAAGGUUAAAAACUCAUUUGUUUACAGCUGCCUUUGACCGACUUAUUUAAACAAUGUAAAUUUCAGUAUUAAACUGUAACUCUAGCCUAAGUCUAACUUUUCUUUAUUAUGCCACUGCAGCUUUUUUUUUAUUUUUUAUUUCUCUUGUCAUAUUUUCAUUUUGUAAAGCACCUUGAC